UCUUACGAGAGUGAGCGCAACCCUCUUCUUCGCUUGGCUCGCACAGGUUUCGUAAUGAAGCGGAUGGCCGAUCUUCACGUUCUGAUGGACGAGGCGGCUGAAACGUAUGGAAUCCCCGAGUCAGAGUUUCUGAAAGAUUGGCGGCGGGAUCUCAAGGCCGAGCGAGACUGGAGGAUGCAGGUGUAUGCCUCGAGCCUGGAGGAGCCUGGUCAAGCAGUUGAGCUGUUGGAAAAACAUCGGGGAAAUGCAUUCGAACUGCUCACGUUGUUGGCGUACGACUUUGGAAAAUAUUCAGAGGACGUCUACACUGCAGCCGAACGCGAGGUUAUCGCCGCAGUCUACGAGGAAGUUUGCCGCUGCAGUGGCACCUGUGUGGUCUCGGUGCCCAAGUGGUUCAUCCCGCGUCAUGAGAUUACGGAGCGAAAUGGCGACUUAUUGUGGCAAAACGUUAACGUCAAGACGGCUGCAGCCUCUGGAGGGGAAGCGUGCGUUUACCAGACCGCGAUUUGGUCGGAGCUCAACCACCCGCACGUUACGCGACUACUAGGCGCUUGUCAUGUUGGGUAUCCAGCGUUCUUCGUGGUUGAGGAGGCAGAUGAAAUCACACAAAACGUUCUGCGCAGA